AUGGCCCAACUCUCCUCACCACGCAAGGCGGUGUCGGCUGUAUCUGCGCAGAUUGAUACACCCAAGCUUGGUUCAUCCCCUAGGAUUAAGAUGGAGCCCAAUCUCGAAUCACGUGUUGAUUUUCCCCCACCUGACUAUCAAGUUAUAUGUACUCCAAACGCGGCAUCUACGAUCUCUAAAAUUUCCACACCUCCUUUGGUACUACCUACUCCAGCCUUGGCUCCCAGCUUCACCGCCAUUUACACUCCCACUUCCAACGCCUAUACCUGUACCAGUUCGCCAACUCCUAUUUAUCCGCUGAUACCGGCUCUUGUGUCUUCUUCUACAACCACUCGUCGCGCCGGUCGUCAGGCAAGGGUGACGAAAGAGAGGACACUCGUUAGAAACAAGCCUAUCGAAACAGUCAAUUAUCCUUGUCACGAAGGGCUCUCUGAAUACCAUCGCCAGAAGUUAUUGGAGUUGAAUGUAUACCCUGUUGAUGGGAUCAGCAACUACUCUAGAAGUAUACCGUUUAAGGGAGCAAAGGAGAGCUUCCUAAAAAGCACUGGUAGGAGUAGAUUUGAUGUAUUUGAAUACCGAUUCACGGCACCCAAUACAAGGGGGGAAGAAAAGAAUUGGUGGGUGAUGUGGGAUUACUAUAAUGGUCUUGUCAGGGUUCAUGACUUUUUUGACUGUUGUAAACCGGGGAAGACAGAACCAGGGAAUGCAGUGAAAGAGAAAAUAAACCCCGGCCUUCAAUCAAUUUGCCAUAAUAUCACAGGUGGAAAUUUGCACGCUCAAGGCUACUGGAUUCCUUAUCCCGCAGCAAAAGCUCUUGCCACGAAGUUCUGUUUCCGAAUACGUUACGCACUAACAAUCAUCUUCGGCGAAGAUUUUCCCCCUCUAUGUCUCCCAGAGUCACAUCCAAACUUUGGAAAAUAUUCAAUCGACCUCGAAAUCAUAGAGUCUUGCAAGGAAACAUCUGCCCAACAAUUUGUAUUUGAAAAGCAGAGGGCUAGUACAAGCCCUUGUCGGCCGAAUUCUGCAACACUAUCGGAAUCUAGGCCUAAGGAACUAACAUCAGCUAGCAAUAUCCCUGCGUCAGACAGUUGUGGAAAUUAUUCAGCUAUUCAGGCCCAGAAGUCUGGCCAGAGUGUUAGACACCACGAUCAUGUCCACAGUAUUCCUAAAUCUGAUAGUAGUGGAGGCUCUUCAGAUAUUCAAAUCUACAAGUCUGGUCAAACAGGUCGAUACUAUGAUACUGCUCGCGGAAUUUGGACACUUGGGGGGGUCAACAAAAAUUGUAGUCCACUAGAAAGUAACUCUCGGCCGGUAAACAGUUCAGCUCUGGCCAAAACCUCAACUGGGGUAGUAUUCAAAUCUGAGAGGGCACCUAAAGUCACUUACAGCGGUGCAUUUGGCGGGAAUAUUACUACAAGAAAGACACCAACUGUUCCCUUAGUUGGGCAGCACACAUACAUGCAGAUGCCCGUCUCCCCCGUUACCGGGCAUUAUUACUUCAACGAAAGUUGUGUGCGGGGAACUCGACCAUCUAAAACCAAUACAGCAGCUCAGGGGAUCCAGGAAGGCUUAAGAGUACCGACAUUGGGGCAUCCAAGGGUUGAUGAUGGACCCACAACGAGUCCAUCGUUGAAUACCCAAAUCAGAAGGCUCUCCACAACAAAUCGGUCUACUCCACAGCCAUUAGUUAGAGAGGUGGGAGGGAAAGGCGCCACUAAGCGUUGUAAUCCAAAGAAUGCUUUUAUAUCCCUCCAAACAAACGACGUUCCUCUGCUUUCCCCAAUUGAACUGGGCCCAGAAGACUCUCAGCAGCCUCCCAAUAAGAAAACGAAAUUAACAGAGCCGCACCGAUUCAAUAAUCCGUAUAUGAACAGGAUCAAGUUAGAGGUCGGAACUUUUCAAAAUGCUGGUCCUAGGUCGUCCCGAGACGAAUCAUUGCCACACAUUCAAAAUCCAUUCACACGCGAAUGUUACGAUAGGCUUAUCUUUAGCCAGAUAGAGGAGAAACCGGAGGAGGUACAGGCCGCAUCGAGUUUAAUGGCUCUCAAAUGCAGGUAUCAUGACAGAGAUUGGAUCGAAAGCUCUUCCCAACACAUUUAUGGUAUGCCAGGGAACUCUUAUCUGAAACGUCGGAGAUCGACUUAA